AUGUCAGAUAUUUUAAAUUAGAUUCCUUAGCUCAUUCUUAAUAGAAAAAAAUAAUAAAAAAAGGAACCUGAAAUUGGUUUAGAUAAUGACAUUUUUCUUGGACUAGAUAAUAUAGAAAAUAUAGAUUAAAAGUUUAAGAUUUAUUCUGAGUCAUAGAGAAGAAAUUCAUUUGUAAGUAGCCCUAAUUAUAAUAGAAGUCUAUCAAUAAACAAAGUAUUAAAUGCUAAUAGCAAAUAAAUAAUAUAAAUCUCAGAUACGAAUAGAACAGAAAAAAACAAUUUACAGCCAAAAGAUAUGAAGUUAACUAGCAUAAAAUUUAUAAACGAUUUUAAAUAGGAUAAUGUAAAACCUUCUGUUUAUAUGUAAUCUCCUAAAGUACAACAAAAUCAAAUAUAAUCUAAUACUGAUUAGGUUUAUAGAUUAAAGCAUGGCUUUGUCAAUAAUAUUUAUAAAGAUAAAAGUGCUUUAGAUGAAAACUAACCUGCAUUUAUGAUAAAUAAAAAGAGAAAUUCUUUCUCUUCUCAUGCUGCUAUAAAUUAUAAAUCAUAGACUAGUAUAGCUAUUAAUUAAGCUCACAGUCUUGCUAAUUAAAAGGAAAAUAAUGAUAAAUUAGCAAAAAAUUUAACUUUCAAAAAUGAAGUAUAAAAAUGCAAUAACAUAACAAAAAGCAAUUUCAGUAUUCCUUAGAAAGACAAGUAAGAAACCCAAGUUACUGAGUAAUCAUUAAAUUUUAGCAAAUAAAAACUAAGUAUAAAAGACUUAGCCACAUUUCAAAGAAAUCUUAUGAUUAGCAGAAACAUUUAAGCUUUGAAAAGAAAUUUAAUUGAAAUAAAUGGAGACAAUGCACUUAACUCUAGUAGGUCUAAUAAAGAUUAAAGUUAUAGUACUUCUUAAUUUGCUAAUUUAGCUACUUUGAUAUAUGAUAUAAUCACUUCGACAAAUUCUUUCGGAAAUUUUAUGAAAAAUCCUUUUGCUAUUUCUAUUCCAAAUGUUGAAAAGGUAUUCAAUUAAUUUAAUAUUGACAAAAAGAAGCUAGUAAAUCUUAAAACUAUGGAAGAAAAAGAAGAAUACAUAGUAACAUAAAUUUAUAGCUAAAGCAUUGAAUAGCUAAAGUAAAUGAUAGAAAAAAUCAAUAAAAAAACUGAUGAAUUUGCAUAAAUUGAAGAAAGGGAAAAAGAAAAAGGAAAAUAUAAAAAAAAUAUGAAUGAAUUAUUUUCAUGGAUCUAAAUUCCAGGCUCUUAUGAAGCAUUAAAGAAUAAAGUUAAAUAUUCUCUUGUUGAAGUUCUAUACGGCCACAAUAACUUACAACAGUUAUAGGAGCUUCAAUAAAAAAAUGAAGAAUACAAUAAUAAUAUUAAAGCACUAAAAGAAGGCACGACCCAUAGGCAUUUAAGUACACUAGGUGAAUUUUAAGAAAAUCAAUAAUAAUUUAAUGAUACUUUGAAUUAUCUUGGCAGUUUAACAUUGAAUAAAAAGAUUAGAAGUGUUCACUUGAAGAUAGAGGAUGAUUUAAAUAGGACUUCUUAAAGCUUGCUAAAAGUAGAAUAAAGAAAGCUUACUACUAUAUCUGGGCAAUCGAUUGUUUCUUCAAAAUAUUAAAAAACAGAUUCUUCUAGUAAUAAACCUUAAUAGGUUGCCUCUCCUAAAUGUGUCCCAAAAAAUUUUUCAGAAUAAGUUUAAAAUUUUGAUGAUUAACAAUUCAAAGAUGCAGAUGUAAUUUUGAAAGAGAAAUUAAAAAAUUUCUAGUGGGAUUAUCAAAAUGAAAGAACUUUCCAAAGUUAUAAAAAGAAUGCUAAAAAAACUUUUGUAGGAUUAGAUAGCAUGAAUAGAUGGUAAUAGAUUGGUAUGCAACCAAUAAUUUAAAAGCUAGGAUUAGAGGAAAAGCUAGAUUUAUAUAGAGAGCAACUGUAAGAAAAAUAUUAAAGAGGAGAAAAUUUAAAAGAAAGUGAAAAAAUAUUUAUCAUCAAUACUAGCUAACUCCUUAUAAGCAAUAUUGACAAAGAAUAUUUUUAAGGUAUGCUAGACUUCAUUUGUGAAGAAGAUAUUUUAAAAUUAGAGCAAAUUAUAGCUGAAAAUAUUAUUUUAAAAUAUGAAACCAUAGCCUAAUAUCUAAAAAAUCAAAGAAAUUAAUACCUUCAAGAAAAAGCUGAUGCUUCGGCUAAUAAAAUAGAAAAAUCUAAUGUCACUAAUAUUUAUAAUAAAAUUAAAGAUGAAUAAAAAAUAAAAUAUAGAUAAAAGGAGUUAAAAGAUAAUGUUGAAUAGAUAAAAAGAAGACUUGAAAGGAAGUUUGAAUCAAUAUAGUUUUAUGAAAAAUUACGCAAAAAUCUUUAUGUUUAGCACUUUGUAAAUUAACUGAAAAAGGCUAUCGCUUAUAAAGAACUAGGUUAAAAGAAAUUUGUUAAAGAAGAAUCAUAUUACAAAAACUUUGCAAAAAGAAAUUAUCCUUCAAAGAAAGAGAAAGUCCUUUUCACAAUUACUAAUAAUGAGGAAGAAAUCCCAAUAACAACUAAAGAGUCAUAAAAAAUAUAUCACCCAACCUCUAAGUUGUUGUUAGGGUUGAAUAACUUAGCUAAAAUUGAAGAAGCUUAAAAAAGUGGUAGAAAUAGAAAUUACUUAAUUGAUAUGCCACCUAAGUAAUAGAAGUAGUUGGAAAUGUAACGUGCAACUUAUGAGUAAUUUACAAAUAGACUUUAAGAUUGUAAAAAAUUAGAAAACUUUUAAGCUAAAUUUACAGAAUAUUACAGUAAUGGACCUAUUGAUUCCAGAGAUUUAAAGAAUAAAAAUUUACAGGUUGAGAAAAAAAAAGAUUUAACAGCAGAUGGAAGCUAAUAAGAAGUUAAAUUUAAGAAACCUCAUUUAUGGAUAACUAGAGAAAUAGAAGAGAAAUGUGCUAUUAUUAUUUAAAAAUGGGUGAGAAGGUUUCUGUAAUAAAAAAAAUAUAAUUAUGAGCUUUAGUAAAUAAAAGAUUCAUAGGAAAAGAAGAUGUUUACCAUUUUAAAAUAGUGGAAAGACUCUAAAGAGUUAAUGAAUUUUAUAAAAAACCACACUCUUCAAGUAGCCAGAUAAAAAAAGUUAACUUUAAAUAAAAACUAAAUAAAAAAUGCCACAUUUCAAUCUCAAUCUUAACCUAAUAGUCCUCGAAGCAACACUUCUUCUGUAAGCAUGAUUAAUAAUAAUUAAAAUGUCAAAGAAAAAUAAAAAGAAAAGUUAGGAGGUAAUGUUUUUGUCAAGAGUCAUAGAAAAUAAGUAUCAGAAUAUACAUUUAAUCAGAUCAAUUAAAAUGCAAAUCAGCACUUAGACAGAUCAGAUUCUAUUUCUUCCAUUAAUUCUAAAUAAUCCAAGCAUAGUUAUCUCGGAAGUGCUACAUCAACAAGAAUUGGAGGAACUAUUACCCAUGAUUUUUCUAUUUAUGGCUUGCAUGGAUAUAAUGCUACAAAAAAGAAAUCAAUUAAAUCAACUGAUGAUUCAAUUAAUUAAAUUACUCAUGGAAGAUCUGUUUCUGAUUUCCAAAGCCCCAAAUCAGCACUCUUUUACUCUAAAUAAUUCUUCCCUGCUUCCACUGCAGUGAUGAGCAAUUAUUUAGGAGAAAGCUAGCAUAAUAAUCUUACUGUGAAAGAAUUAAAAGAGCAGAUAGACGAAGAUGUAAAUAUGGAAAAUGAAUAACUUUAAUGUGAUGAAUAAUUUAAGAAUAAUAAAUAAAUGCUGUAAUAAUAACUAAUAGAUCAGUAAAAAAAUAUUCCAAUUCAACUCUAAAGAAAGGUCUCUUUAACAGCCAACUAGCUCAAACACUAAAUAAAUAAGAUUAAAAGUGGAGUUAAAGAUUUUUCUAAAAAAAGAGAAGAACUUUUACUGAAACAAAAAAAAUUAUUUUAUGCAGUAAAACAAGGAAACAUUUAAAUAAUUAAAAAUUCUGGCUUUGUUUACUAUCCCCAUGACGUAAAUACAAUUGACGAUAAAGGAAAUUGCCCCUUAUAUUAUGCAACAAAAAGAGGUAAUGAAGAGCUUAUAGAUUUCCUUUUGAGAUAAGGAGCUGAUGUUAACAUACGAUGUUAAGAAGGCAAUACACCUGUACAUUUAGCUUUUUCAUUGGGAAAUGAAAAAGUAAUUAUGAGCUUUUUAGACAAGGGAGGUGAUCUAAACUGCAUCAAUAAUAUAGGUCAAACACCUUUAGCUUUUGCUCCUAUUAAAUUGCUUAAAUUAAUUGGUUUAGAUAAAGGAAUCACAAAUAUAGAACCAUAAAAAAUAGGAUAAAGAAUAGAUUUUGACAAUAACAAGAUAUUUAUAGAAACACAUAAUAUAAUUGAUACAAGCAAUCAUGUUAAAGAAGCUAAUUCAAAUAUUACUAUUGUAAAAAAGAGAAAAGAAAAACAAGCACAUGAAGAAAUUCCUGAAAAAGACCUCUACUUCUAAUUCAUUCCAACAAAUUCUACUUUAGACUUAAAUAAUUAUGAUAAAUUUGCAUAAGGGAUCAAAAUAUUAUAAAAAUCGCCAAAGACAGGUAAUGCUUUUAAUUAAAUAUAAAGUUUUGUGGAACCACAACAAAGAUAACAAAAAAAAGAGGAAAAUGAAUUUCAUUUAGAGUUUACACCAAAACCAGAAUUAAUUCACACUUAAGCAGUAGAAAAUGGCAUUUGA